CCUUCCCCGCCCCCGCCGCCGCCUCCCGCCGCCUCCCGCCGCCGCCGCCACCGUCCUUGCGGCAGGAAGAUGCCCGGGGAGGUGCCGCCGCCGGCGCCCCGGGGGCUGCGGAGCCUCCCGGUGCCGCUCCUGCUGCUGCUGCUGCUGCUCAGCGCCCGCACCGCGCUGGCUCAGCGCUGGCGCAAUGAGAACUACGAGAGGCCCGUGGACCUGGAGGGCUCUGGGGACGAUGAUCCCUUUGGGGAUGAUGAGCUGGAUGACGUCUACUCUGGCUCAGGCUCGGGCUACUUUGAGCAGGAGCUGGGGCUGGAGACAGCCAUGAGCCUCCCCACGGACACGUCCGUGCCGCCACCCACCACCGUGGCUGCGCUGCCCGUCACCGCCGUGCAGCCCGUGGCCACCCCCUUUGAGCCGUCCCCCACCCAGGACACCACCCCAGGGCAGACCACGAGCGUCCUCUACAUCCCCAGGACCACAGACACCCCAGUGGUGCCCAGCUGGAAAGCCGCCACCACCACCAGCACCACCACCAGCACCACCAGCACCACUCCCAGAGCCCCCCCGACCACCAUGGCGACCACCACGACCACCACAACCACCACCGAGGCCACCACCACCACCAGCACCACCGUGGCCACGGCCAAGCCCACCACCAUCAGGAGGUUCUUGCCUCCCUUGGCCACCAAGGCAGCCACCACCCGGGCCACCACCCUGGAGACUCCCACCACGGCCGCCCCCGAGACCAGCACCCCCACGGAGGUGGCCACGUCACGCCUCGUCCCCACCGGCACGGCCAGGCCCAGGUCCCUGCCCAGACCCACCAGCUCCAGGACUGCAGAGCUCACAGAAAAAAGCACUGCCUUGCCACCCGCUCCGGCCACGCUGCCACCCACAGAACCCCCCCAGGUGGAGCCAGGGGAGGUGACGACAGCCCUGGACAACGAGCUGGAGGUCCCGGUGAGCAGCGGCCCCAGCGGGGACUUUGAGAUCCGGGAGGAGGAGGAGGAGACGACCCGUCCCGACCUGGGGAACGAGGUGCUGGCCGUGGUGACCCCCCCGGCGGGCCCCGGGCCCGGCAGGAACGCAGACACCGGGCUGAUCGACAACACGAUAGACUCGGGCAACUCUGCUGCUCAGCUGCCCCAGAAAAACAUCCUGGAGAGGAAAGAGGUGUUGAUAGCCGUGAUCGUGGGCGGCGUGGUGGGCGCUCUCUUCGCUGCCUUCCUGGUCAUGUUGCUCAUCUACCGGAUGAAGAAGAAGGACGAGGGCAGUUACACCCUGGAGGAGCCCAAACAAGCCAACGUGACCUACCAGAAGCCCGACAAGCAGGAGGAGUUCUACGCAUAGAAGGAGAGCCGGCGUGCCUCGCCCUCCCUCCCUCCCUCCCUCCCCAAACUCGCCCUCCUCCUCUACUUCAUCCAGUCUCUCCUCUUUCCCUCUCUCUUUCCCUCUCUUUUCUGUUUUUUUUUUUUUUUUUUUUUUUGGAUCAGACUGUGAAUUUGAAAAAGCAAAACCCGCAACAGCUGAAGGAGAACACCCAUCUGUGGCGUGGCGAGCCAUCGGGUGCCCGGAGCAUCGGCGAGCCCGGAGCGAGCACCUCCCUCCUUCCUGCUGCUGGGAUGGACAGGGCAGGGAGCCAGUGCCAAGGCAGCCGUGCCCAGGAGCGCCCUGCAGAGCGCAGGGCAGGGUGGCCAGGCUGCCCACAGCCACUGGAGGUCAACUGGACUUUUCCCAACACAACGGACUCUGGGAUCCGGACACCUUCUCCCAGCCCCAGGGCGCAGGGGGGUUGGUUUGGAUUUACCUUCCUUAUUU